AUGCGUACCUCAGCAAUCAGAUGCGAAACAUAUCGUUCACAACAACGAUUCACAAUUGGUUCCAGUUCCUUCCGAUCCGGAUACAACGAUUGGCAUAAGUCGAUCAGAUCACGGAGUGAUACCGUCUCACUGCGGCGAGGACUGUGCCUGGCUCGUUUAUCGAUCAAGGCUGACAUUCGCUCCCAGUGGAACCUGUCAGCUGGUCUGCGUGAUGUGAAUCAAUCGCUCAAUCUCUCGUGA